AGCUUGACAGCACUUAAUCCCCUCCCUUCUUGAGUCUUAUUUUGCUGGUCUUUGUCGCCAAAGAAUUUUCGAACAAGCUGUUGGAAGAAGUUUACGCUCUGCAAAACUUUUGACGGGUUACUACGUAGAGAAGCUUGUCCUUUUAGCGUGCUCACAAAGUGCCAGGGGCUCUAACUAGGUUUCUGCCGCCUUUUUGGACCGCGCCGCAGUCCUGCGCCGCCAGGCCUCUAGAGAAGGACCAGCGUGGGCUAAUUGUACUGUUCUAUAGAAGCAUACUGCCAAAAUGGGAAAAGCUAAGCCUGCCAAGCAUACAGCUAAGGAAAUCGCGAUGAAGGUUGCUGCUGCCACGACUAACAUGGGCGGCGGCAAGACCGGGCAAGAGGACCGGCAAGGUGGCAAGGCGGGGCACGCUAAGUUCCAGUGCCACAUCUGCAAGCAGGCAGCUCCAGACUUGAAGAGCAUGCAGAUGCACCACGAGGCUCGCCACCCCAAGGAGCCCUGGGAGCCAGAGAAGUGCACCGAUCUGCACCAGACCUUCGGCGGAACCACCAAGGGAGUUGCCGUACGAGGAAGCAAUAAGAAGCUUUAACAUGGAGCUAGGUGGCAGGGAAUCUUGACAUGUGGGAAGGGGAAACCUUCAGCUGGAACUGGUAGUGGUGGUGGUAAGAACAAGCUGGAACUGGUGGUGGUGGUAAGGACAGGCAAAGCCACGUAAAAAGGCUAAAAACAGAGCAAUAUGGACAGCAAAGCUCGGUGGAAACUGAGGUGGAGGGCGGCUUCAGAAGGUCAGGAGGAGCUUGGUGCGUGCCUCCACAAGUGGAGGGCAGGAGCCUGGGGAGGACGCUGCGAAUGCUCUGCCUGGUUUCGGGGCUAGUGCGCGGAGAAGUGGUUUUCUUGCUCAUUUUGAGAGGGUUUUGGUUUCAGCAUGGUCGUCUGGAGCGUACAGGUACCGUGUUUUUUGUCAUGAGGGUGAGGUGCGGUUUGCGGAGUGACUUAACUUUAUGGUACAGGCCACUGCUACGAUGCAACAUCUAGCUGGUUUGAUACCAAUACCGUGCGCAGUUAUCUGCAGUACCGGUACUUAGUAAUACUGUACUACUGGAAAGAGAGUAGAAUGACGGAGGCAUUGGUGGUGGUGCUGGUCGUACAAACACACUGUACGGUACGGACAUCGUACAACGUACGACAGAAUGACGCUUUGCACUCGUCAAAGGAGCUGGCGGACAUAUGUGGUUGAUAGGCUUUCCAGCAACGCAAGUGUCAUGUGUCAAGCCGGUCGUCUUGUCCCGGGAAUAGAACGUGAGUGUGCGGGUGUGCUUAUAGCCUGCAGGCACUCGAACAUGAGGUCCGGAUGGUGUGCUGAGAGGCAGGCUUUGGGGUGAAGAGCACUGCUGGUCAAUAGCAUGGCUGCCCCUGUUUCAUCCGCGCCAGGGAGCCUCGCUGAAGUCUCUGUCAGCCUAACUGCCUCCGCUAGUCGGGGCGUUUUCGUUUUGCCCCGCGUGCAGCUUGGAUUGUUGGGGCCUUGGGGUUGUGAAUGGCGCAGGUAACAGUGCAUGGCGUCAGGAGGGUAAACUUGUUCAUUAUUUAAUGUGGCAUGCAUGCCGCGUACAGGCCUAGCAAUCUUGUUAAGUCAAUGCCU